UUCGGUGUCCCCAGGCCAGUCAAGCUCAGCAUCUCUUCCUCCUCCUUCGGUCCUCCCCUUCGACUCCGGUUCCGGCCCUGACCCCAACUCCGACUCCGGCCAAAGGAAGGGGAGAAAGGCAGGUAGGAGCAAGGGCAGGGCGGAUUAAUCCUCCCCCAAACCCUACCCACGCCGCAGAAAGCUUUUCUUCCGGGCUAUUCUCAUCCUCGUCGGCGCGUUGGCCAGCCUGCCAGAUUUUCCUGAUCCAGGGCGGGCGGGAGAUGGGUCAGGCCUUCCGCAAGCUUUUCGAUGCCUUCUUCGGCAACAAGGAGAUGCGGGUGGUGAUGCUUGGGUUGGAUGCAGCCGGUAAAACCACCAUACUCUACAAGCUGCACAUUGGCGAAGUUCUCUCCACCGUCCCAACUAUCGGUUUCAAUGUUGAGAAGGUUCAGUACAAGAAUGUAGUGUUCACCGUGUGGGAUGUUGGAGGCCAGGAGAAAUUGAGGCCCUUGUGGAGGCACUACUUCAACAACACCGAUGCUCUGAUCUAUGUGGUCGAUUCCCUGGACAGGGAGAGAAUUGGAAGAGCCAGAGCGGAAUUUCAGGCGAUAAUCAAUGACCCAUUUAUGCUCAACAGUGUAUUAUUGGUGUUUGCUAACAAGCAAGAUAUGAGAGGAGCAAUGACUCCGAUGGAAGUAUGUGAGGGUCUUGGUCUGUAUGACCUUAACAACCGCAUCUGGCACAUCCAAGGCACCUGUGCACUCAAAGGCGACGGGCUGUAUGAAGGCUUGGACUGGCUAGCGACAACUCUGGACGAAAUGCGAGCUUCAGGACGGUUAGCAUCGUCGUCAUCGUGAAAAGUAGCAAUGGGGGAAGGCAGGGGCGGAACUAUGUGUUAGCCCUUCAAUAUUGCAAUCUAUUGAAUGUAAUACUACAAACUAAGUAUGAUAAGAGCCUAAGCAAGAAGUUGUCCGCCCCUCGAUCUAUGAAACCUUUUGUUCGUGAUGGCCCUCUCUGUAAUUCUGCUCAAGCUCCGCCACUGUGAGGGGAGGGAUCAUCUUGUGUUUCGUGGUACCUCAUUUUGCCUCUCUUUUUUCUGUUGUACUGUGUUGAUGCGAUUGACAAAUGAUUUGUUUCCGAAGAGGAGGAGGUGCUCUUAGGCUAACUGAAAGCGCAUCUGUUUGUUUCUAGGAGUGUGUGUGGUGCGGGGAUGUAAAUACUGAUGAUGUUUGAUGUUUCUACUGAUGGCAUGACACAAAACACACAAUAUUUCUUUGUGGUUA